AUGAAUAAAAAAGGUCAUAAAAGAAGCUUUCAAAUUGAAUUGCUAAAUAAGCAAAACUGGUUAGCUUAUAGUCGUAAUAGAGAAGGAGCGUUUUGUAAAGUAUGUGUACUUUUUGGACCAAAGUUUGGUGGGAUUGGAGGACAAAGGCUUGGGGUCUUAAAAGAAAUUCCUAUGAUAAAAUACAAAGAUGCUUUACACGAUUUUAAGAUACAUAUGGAAAGAGAAUAUCAUAAAACAGCAAUUGUGCGAUCUUUAGAAUUUAUAAAAUGUUUUAAAGGCAAACAAAAACCAAUAGAAAUUCAACUUGAUGACCAACUAAAUGAAACUGUCAAACAAAAUAAAAAGAAGUUGAUUCCUAUAAUUAAAACAAUUAUUUUCUGUGGUCGUCAUAAUAUAUCUAUAAGGGGGCAUAGAGACGAUGUUAAUUUAUCAAAUCUGAUUUCAAAUGACCAAGCAAAAAAUAAUUUUAAUAUUGGAAUAUUCAAAGAAUUGUUGAUGUUCAGAAUAGACGCGGGCGAUGUAGAUCUUCGCAAUCACUUAGAACCGGCUCCAAAAAAUGCAACAUUUGUUAGUAAAACUAUUCAAAAUAAUUUGAUCGAUAUAUGUGGCUCGAUUAUCACAGACAAAUUAAUAAAAGAGGUGAAUGAAUGUAAAUUUUUUUCAAUUUUAUGUGAUGAAACUUCAGAUUUAUCACACAUUGAGCAAAUGAGUUUAUCGAUUAGAUAUGUUGAUUUAAAAUCAUGCUUGAUAAAAGAAAAUUUUAUUUGCUUUGUUCCGGUUUAUGAAUGUACUGGUGAAAAUUUAGCAAAUACAAUCGUCCAAAAAUUAAAAGAAAUUGAUUUAAGUUUGGAAUUUUUACGAGGGCAGGGAUAUGAUGGUGAAGCAAAUAUGUCUGGUAAAUACCGCGGAGUUCAAGCUAGAAUCUUAAAUUUGCAACCAAAGUCAAAGAAGUAUCUAACUUUGUGCGUGAUUCUCCCAAAAGAGUUGAUUUAUUUAAAAAAAAAAAUAAAUGCAAUUUUGCCUUCAUCAAAAUCAGUUUUGCUAGUAAAGUUGUGUGAAACUAGAUGGGUAGAAUCUCACGAGGCGAUUAUUCGGUUUUCCGAUAUGCUUAUACCUAUUGUACAAUUUUUGGAAGACAUGACAGUUAAUACGGAUGGAAAUAUACUUUCUAAAUGUAACGGACUUCUUCAUUCAAUAUUGACUUUUGAAUUUAUUUUGGCCUUAGAAGUAGCAGUAGAAAUAUUGUCUUUGACUUUGCCAAUAUCACGUAAAUUACAAGACCCUGGUUUGGAUUUGACAAAAUGUAUUGAAAUCAUACAGACUGUAUUAGAUGUUCUUAAAAACAAAAGACAAAAUGCAACAUUUAACAACAUUUUUAAUCGAGCCGUAUCAAAAGCCGAAAAUUUAAACAUUGAAGUUAAAACACCACGAAUAUGCAAACAACAAAUAAAUCGAUCAAACAACAUUACUUCAAGUCCUGAAGAAUAUUUUAAAAUUACGGUAUACUUCACAGUUUUGGACAAUUUCAUAACAUCUAUUCAAUCCAUGUUUUUUGACAACCAAAAUCCAAUAUUAUUUAAAAUCCAACAACUGAUACCUUAUUAUUUACACAAUAAAUCUGAAGAACAUAUUAUAGAAGGUGCCACUUUUUAUGAAGCAGAUUUGCCUGGAUCCAUAGACGAAUUAAAAGGUGAAAUUGCAUUGUGGCAGCUGCAUUGGACUCAACAACCAGUAAAAAAGGAAAAAAUAAAUGCAGCAAUAGACGCAUUCAAAGAAACUGAAGAUGGGUAUUUUCCAAACAUUCGUCAACUUUUACUAAUUUUAGCAAUAUUACCAGUAACAACAUCGAUAAGUGAGAGGUCUUUCUCAACGCUAAAACGCAUAAAAACAUACUUGAGAACAACAAUGGGGGAAAACCGUUUAAACGGGUUAGCUUUGCUUAAUAUACAUAAACAAAUUGAUGUAAAACCUGAAGAAGUGUUAGAUAUGUUUUCAAAAUCUAAUCCUAGGAAAUUACAAUUAUCUUUAUCGUUAUAA